CAUGUCGGGGGCCGCGCCGAGGACGGUGAUCUGCCUGCUGCGCAGUGACCUGCGCUACCACGACAGCGAGGUACUACGCUGGGCUCAGAAUAACGCAGACUACGUCAUUCCUCUCUACUGCUUUGAUCCAAGACAAUACCUAAGAACCUAUUACUAUGGUUUCCCAAAGACUGGGCCUCAUCGACUCAAAUUUUUACUGGAAAGCGUGAAGGAUCUAAGGCAAACACUCAAGAAAAAAGGAAGUAAUUUGGUGGUAAGGAAAGGGAAUCCAGAAGAUGUGGUUCAUGAUCUUAUUACGCAGCUGGGCUCCGUGGCUGCCGUGGCUUUCCAUGAAGAGGUAAAGGAAAGGUUUGAACUAUGUUGCCUCAGCAUAAAAUUGGCAAGACCUUUCAGUGCAAGGCAGUAUUGGACUUGCCUGGCCUAUCAUUUCAUCUGCCCCCCAUUUUACUACAUCUGCCAGAGGUUGCCUGAUGUCUAUACCCAGUUCCGAAAAGCAGUGGAGGCUCAGACCAAAGUCCGUCCCACUGUACAGAUGCCAGAUCAACUAAAGCCUCUGGCCCCAGGGGUAGAAGACGGAUGCAUCCCCGUGCCUGAGGAGUUUGGACAGAAGGAUCCCCUGACAGAUCCGCGAACAGCCUUCCCCUGCAGCGGAGGAGAGACCCAGGCCUUAAUGAGGCUGCAGCAUUAUUUCUGGGAUACGAACCUGGUGGCAUCUUACAAGGAGACUCGAAAUGGACUGAUAGGAAUAGAUUAUUCAACCAAGUUUGCACCAUGGCUGGCGUUAGGUUGUAUUUCACCCCGAUAUAUUUAUGAGCAAAUCCGGAAGUAUGAAAAAGAGAGAACUGCAAAUCAGAGCACAUACUGGGUCAUAUUCGAACUCCUGUGGAGGGAUUACUUCCGAUUUGUGGCCCUGAAAUACGGGACAAGGAUUUUCUUACUGAAAGGACUGCAGGAUAAAGAGGUGCCUUGGAAGAAAGAUCCCAAGCUAUUCGAUGCUUGGAAAGAAGGAAGAACGGGGGUUCCUUUUGUAGAUGCCAACAUGAGAGAGCUAGCCGCGACGGGCUUCAUGUCCAACAGAGGGCUCCAGAACGUUGCCAGCUUUCUCACCAAGGACCUGGGGUUGGACUGGAGGAUGGGAGCAGAGUGGUUUGAGUACCUGCUGGUGGAUUAUGAUGUCUGCAGCAAUUAUGGAAACUGGUUAUACAGCGCUGGAAUUGGAAACGAUCCAAGGGAAAACAGGAAGUUUAACAUGAUUAAACAAGGCCUGGAUUAUGACAGCAACGGAGAUUAUGUCCGACUGUGGGUUCCGGAAAUACAGUGUGUAAAGGGAGGGGAGAUACACACACUCUGGGCACUGAGCAAUGCAGCUCUCUCACAAGCUGGGAUAGCUCUAGGGGAGACCUAUCCACUGCCAGUCGUCCUGGCCCGGGAAUGGAGCAGACAUAUCAACCAGAAGCCUAACAAGAGAGACCACCCUCCGAAGGGAAGGAAAGAUCCCUCCGACACGCCAAGGCAACACAAGGACAGAGGGGUGGACUUUUACUUCUCUCGCAACAAAGAUUUAUCGUGAAGGCAGUCCCUGCACUUCUGGAGAAGUGACUGAUGUGGCUGCCGGCUGAGCACUCAAACUGACAGUGGUUACUAUUUAUGGCCAAUUUCUCUCUCGUUAAUAUCUAAGCAAACCAAAGGUGACAUCCUGGACACAUUGAAGUCAAUGGAGUUUUGCCAUUGACUUCAACUGGAUCAAGAUUUUUGAUCUCUGAUCUUUAGGAAAUGGUUCUCUAUGAGCCAGCUGAUUGGGAUUCAGAAGGGAGCUGAAGUUCUUGGUCCUUUGUACUUUUAAGAAUCCCAUGACACCUUUAACAAGAACAGGGGUGUUAACCUUGUAUUCUGGCCAAAUUCAAGUGGGUGGAAAUUACACCACUGAAAUGCCCCUCAAAAAUUAACUGGAUGUACUAAGGCCAGAUUCUCAGCUGGUGUAAAUCAGCAUAAUUCUAUUGAAACCAGUUAAGCUAUACUGAUUUACACCAGCUGAUGAUCUGACUUAGUAUUCUUCACUUCCUGCUUUAAACUGUUGCUGUGAGCUGUUAGGCAGCUGAUGUGUUCCAUCCCAGAGAUGGGUGAUGAGUGACG